AUGGGAAGCAAUAAUUUAAAUCCACCACUAAAGGGGAGAAACCUUAGGAGUUUGAAGAAUCUGUGUACUAGAGAAUUGCCUUCAAUUAGUGGUCAUGUGGACGACAGUCUUGAAGAACUCACGAAGUCCGGACUUGAUGGCAGGACAGAAGUUACAGAGGAAGAUGAUACAACUAAAAACAUCCAUAAAAUGGUAUACAGUCUACUGGACAGCAACAUUAAGAAGCCAAAACAUAGUGUGAUUAAGAAAUUAGAGAAAACACAAAGAUACCUACUCUAUAGAACAUUUUUACAGAAAUUGUUGAACAGGAAAGAUGUUAAAGUCCCGUUCAUCAUGACUGUGAUACAAGACUUUGAUGACUUGUGUGAAAUAUCUCAGCAAGAGGAAGAUGGGAAAUCCAAAUUUGACUGGUUACCUAUGUGUAAUCUUCUGCUAGAGCUGGCGACUGGUUCCCAACCUUUAGCUUAUGUUAGAGUACUUAAAAUACUGUUUGAUUACAUUGGGGAUGAUGUCAACAAAUGUAUAGCAAAAAACAAGCCAGUCAGAUCAGGGAAACUAGCUGGAAUUUUGAAGAGAUUCAUCACAUGUGUUCAUCUCCAUGUGGACUCGCACAAACUUGAGGACUCAGAGGAGAAGAUGUAUUGUAGAUAUGUUUCAGCCAUAUUGUCUUUCUACGUAGAUUUAUGUUGUGUUUAUUCAAGUAAAGUUGAGCAGAAGAAGUUGUAUGGACGUGAGAUAGCAGGCUAUGUGUGUUACAUACUGCAAGCCUGGCCUGAAAGUUUACUAGAGGUCCCUCUACAACUGCAGGGACUUGAAGAAGAUAACCAUGUCAAUGUGGUGUUGCCACUCAUAAGUAAAUGUCUGGAAGUGAAGCCAUCGGGCACGGAUAAUGUUUACUACCUGAAGUAUGUUUUGCUGGUUAGACAGGUAAAAGAUGCUUACGGGGAAUAUGAACAAGUUCGAGAGUGGAACUAUGCAACCAAGAAUAUACCAGCAAGUACAGGAUUUCUAAAUUGGGUAAAAGAGAAUUGUCCAGAAGCAAUGGAACAUAUUCCUGUUGAGGAUAAGAAGUUCAAGAAAACAAAGAUAACCCGGUUUAUAUUGGAGGAGGCAGAGGAUGAUUUGAUCGCUAUGCUGCUUAAUACUUUGUGCAAUGUUACUGAAGAAGAAAAAGUUGAUGUUCCUGAAACGAAAGAAGAUGAUGGGGAUAUAAGUGUUGCCAUGCCAACAGGACCUCUUUUCUACCUGGAUAAAGCUGGAGGCUCUUCAGUAUUGGAGUUGGCAAAUGGGCAUGCAACUGAAGAGCUGGAGUCAAAAGAUUUGUCAAAGAAAUACUUGACAAAAGGUGCCAAGAAAGGAAAGCGUAAACCUAUUGUGUUAAAAACUGUAGCAGACCUAGAGAAGAUUGUAGAUACCAAUGUUGAAAAGAAUGAAGUGAACUCACCACAGACCUACACAUUAGACCCUAAAUUUGUCCAAGAGAAAGUUGUAGACCCAGAGGACCAGAAAUUCCUUCAGUCGGAAAUUGUUUCUAUAACCUCAGUAGACUCAGUCAUGAACAGAGAACAAACUGAAGAUAGUACAGUGAGUGUAAAUGAGAGUCAGAUUAGUAACAGUUCUGACAAAUCAGGGAAAUGGGGAGAGUCAAGUUCAUCUACACCGAAUAAACGACGAAAGAGAAAUAAAAAAAAUGCAAAGAAAAUAGAGUCUGAUUAUUCUGAUAUUUCAGCCAUUGAAAAAUCAGAGGAUUUCUGUGACUCCAUCUCUUCCAUGUCUGAAGAUAAUCACACAGUUAAAAGUGUUGUUCGAAAGGUAACACCAAAAAAGAUGAAAGAAAAGUCGCUAAAGAGCCCAGGAAAGGACAUGGAUAGUUCAGCAGAUGUGACAAUGAAAUAUUCUAAUGAUUCAAAAGCUGAGGUAGAUUCAUCUACGGAAAUAACUGGUGUGAAGUCAAAGGCAAAUGUCAAUGGUUCUGAAGCUGAUAUGACUGACAGUGUUAUAUGUAUAGACACCUCUGAUACUGAGGCUGAGGCAAAUAAUGAAAUAUCUGAAGUUUCUAAUGAUACAAUUACAACAAAUGUUGAUAGGAAUGUUACAGUGGAUUAUGAUUCUUUAAGUUCUGUCCAUGAAAGCAGUGUAGAAAUAGUUAAUAUUGUUCUUGCUUCAAAAGACAAGACAGACAGUUCAACUGAAGAAUCCAUUUCAAGUAGUGGAAGGCCGGAAAGUAACAAAGGAGACUCUGUAUUAAAGGCUGGUUCAACAAGAAAAAAUAAAAAAGGUCAGACUCCAAAAAAACAACUUUCAAACUCAAGCCCAGGUUCAGUUAAAUCUGACAAAAGCAAGAAUAUGGAUUUAUCUGAGAGCAGCCUUAGUUGCUUGUCAGGUCUUUCUACUGCCACAAAUUACUCAGAAACAGCAGCUAUCUCUUCAACAGAUGUCUCUGAAUUAGACCAGAAUUCAACACUGGAAGCACAAGAGCUUGAUAAUACUGCAAAAUUCAUUGGAGGACAGAGCAAAGGGUCACCAAUGAAAUCAUCCAGUGGAUCUGAGUCUGAAUACAUGGGAAAGUUGCGAAAGAGAUCAAAGGAAUCAAUGUCAGAUGAAAAAGUAGGGACAAGUCCUAAGAAAUGUUUGUCUGAAAUGCAUACAGGAAAUGAGAGUGAUGGGGAUGUGUUUAGAAAAACACCUGAAGCUAAAAAGGAAGCUAAAACAGUGAAAUCAAUUGAAGAAAAGUUUAUUGGGAAAGCUAUAAAAGGCAAGAAAACACCUAAAAAGUCCAAAGGACAAGGUAAAGUAAGUCAGACCCAAGAGGUUUCUGGUUCAGUUUGCCUUUUCUCAGAGAAUGAUGAUAAUGAAAGUCAAGAUAAGGAUAUGGAUGGUGGGGACCAGGGAAAGAGAACCAAAUCAACUGAAGAAAUAAUUCAGAUUGUUGAGGAUAUCAAAACUAAGAUUAGAACUCCCAGGACAAGAAAAUCUAUGUCUCAAGGUGCGGAAAAACUUAAUGAAUCAAUGUUUACUGAUGAUUCUGUUGAAUCUGCAGAAAAAGAUCAAAAUAUAUCAAAUGAAGAGCAUAAAUCUGCAGAGAAGGUAGAUGCAAUAAAGCAGGGUAAAGUUAGUCCUAGAAAAUUAAAAUCAGUAAAAGUCAAUGAAAAUGAUGAAAAAGAUGUAUCUACUGUUGAAGAUGAUAAUGAAAUUGUGCUAAUAGAAAGUAGUGGUGAAAGUGAUAUUGAUCAACCAGGUAAUGACGAUAAAACACAAAAUUCUGACUUUUCGCCAUGUAAAAGUAAUAAUAAAUCAAAAUUUCAAGAAGAACAAUAUGUAAGCAGAACACCUUCUCCAACAAAGAGAAGUCCUUUAAAAAAGGGGAACAAACAAACUCCACAUAAAUCAGACAGUGAGGAUACUGUUUUACAAAAUGGGUAUGACUUGGUGCAAUCAGUUGAAGCAACUGUGGAAUCUGUUUCUGAGGGGAAGAAAACCAAAAUUUCAAUAAGUGAUACUCCAGAUAAAAACGUGUCGUCUCCAAAUAAAAGUUUAACCAGAAGUACAGAUAAAAGAAAAAAUAGUUCUGAUGACAAUCAGAUAGGUAAAGAUACAGUCAGCAACAGUGAAGAUGAGUCUGAAACAAUUAUAUUGACUGAAACUACCCCAAAAGCAAAAGUAAACCGGAGAAAAAGUGCUGAAAUUGAAGAAACGAAAACACCACCAGCUUCUGCUAAGAAAAAUAUAAAAACCCCACAGUCAAACAAGAAGAAUGUUACAGAAGGACAAAAUAAGGGUCAGAGCCCUGAAGAAACACCAAAAGAAAUUAAAUCUAAAAAAUCUCCAAGGAAUUCUUCUAAAACAUCAAAAGAAGAUAGAGAAAACACAUCUGUAAUUAAAUCUCCCGAUUCUGACAGAAAAGAGACAAUUUUUAGAGAGAAAGCCGAUUCCAAAGGUUCAGAUAGCAACAGUGAAGAUGAGUCAGAAACAAUUAUAUUGACUGAAACUACUCCAAAAGGAAAAGUAAACCAAGGAAAAAGUCCUGAAUUAAAUGAAAAGAAAACCACACCUGUCUCUGCUAAGAAAAAUGUUAAAACCCCACAGUCAAAUAAGAAAAAUAUUACAGAUGGAACAAAAAAGGGUCAGAGCCCAGAAGAAACAAUAAAAGAAAUUAAAUCUCCAAAAUCUCCAAGGUGUUCUUCUGAAACAUCAAAAGAAGAUAGAGAGAACACAUCUUUAAUUAAAUCUCCUGAUUCUGACAGAAAAGAAACCACUUUUAGAGAGAAAGCCCAUUCCAAAGGUUCAGAUAGCAACAGUGAAGAUGAGUCUGAAACAAUUAUAUUGACUGAAACUACUCCAAAAGGAAAAGUAAACCAAGGAAAAAGUCCUGAAUUAAAUGAAAAGAAAACCACACCCGUUUCUGCUAAGAAAAAUGUUAAAACCCCACAGUCAAAUAAGAAAAAUGUUACAGAUGAAACAAAUUAUGUUAAGAGUCCAGAUGGAAAAAUUGUAAGAAUAAUAACACCAAAGUCUGGGGAAGGUUCAAGUUUGAUUAAAACUCCUGCUUCAGAUAGAAAAAAGAAAACAACACCUCAGAAAAAUGAAACUGGAUCUAAGAUAAUGUCUCCAGUAAACGGACAUGUAAAUGAUGAGAAAGCUGCUGAUUCAGCUGAGGACUUUGUUCCCUCAAGCCAAAAAAAGUCUAGAAGGAAGUCUUUGAUAAAAGAAGCACAGAAAGAAGUCUUACCAUCAUCAAGUGUUGAUAGUGAUGAAGAUAUUGAUUUCUUACCUGAUAUUGGUUCACACCUGAAAGGUUCCUCUCCAAAUGCUAAAGGUAAUAACAGUAAAUCUCCUCAUAUACCUACAAACCUAGAUACCAAGGCAUCUCAGAAGGAGACUGUCAAUGAAAGCACACCUUUGAAAGGGAGGAGACAGAGUCGUGGAGUGGUCCCAUCAUCUGACAAAAAGCCUGAAGCUGAUUCAGAUAAAAGUAGACAAAAAAGAUCAACUAAAGCUGGAAAAGUUUUAGAACCUAAGACUGAGGUGGAUGGUGCAACUGAUGCCGAUACAGAUGUACCUAAACAAAAGAGAGUAACGAGAGGUAGACGGGUUUCUGAACCAGUAAUCAACAUUGAGGAGUCUGAUGCAGAUGGUCCAACUCGGCCGAAACGUUCACGUGCUGCAGCAAAAGCUGAAAGUGAUCUUUCUGAUUCAUCCACUACUAAUGUUAGAGCAAGCAGAAGCAAAGCUGAAUUGAAAAGAAUUUAUGAUUACCAUAGCGGAACAGAUGGUACAACUGACCAAUCAGAUGUUGAAACAAGACCAACAAGGAGAUCAAGAGGCGGUGCUAGACUGACUGCAAUCAAAGACAAAAUUCCUGAAGCUGUAGAUGAAGAGCCUGUUCCAGAACUUAGAACUCCCCUAGGGAAGUCUCAACGGCAGAGGACUGGUUCAGCAUCAACCACUAAGAAAGCUGUAAUAAAACAUGCAGAGGUACGAGGGACAAGAAAAAGGAGGCUGUCUGGUGAGCUGGCUGGUAAAGCUAAUGAUCAAAAUUCAACUGACUCAGAAAUUUCAUUUCCAAAAACAAAGCCAGUUGCAGUAGCUGAAAAAAAGUCCAAAAGGCUGUCUGCUCCAGUUUUACCAGAAAGUGCUGAAUCCAAACUUGGUCCAUCUGGCAGACGAUAUUCUCUCAGAAAGAAAUAAGGAAAACGUAAAAGGGAUUGGCUAAUUUCCUACAGACAGACUGUUCAUAUUGAGGGUUCAAGAAAUUACCCCCUCAUAAAUAAUUAUGGGUCCAAAUUUCUGUUGACUUGAGUCAAAUCAAGAUUGGUUGAGUUGUACAAUAGUUGAAUCUGAUUUGCUAAUUUCGGGCAUUGUUUUGAAUUCAGCCUAUGCAAAGAUUUACUUUUUCAAAUGUCUGAGGAGCCCGGAGUGAUAACAUUGAUGGAACGGAACGUGAAUUUCGUAAAGUUUGAGAAUCGUUUUUUUUUAUCAAAAUUGUAAUAAUUAUCUUGUACAGUCAUUACGAAUUUACCAUGACUUUGUGUGUUUACUUGCAUUUUGAUAUAAGUUGAAUAAAUAACAAUUAUGAUUUUUUGUGGAAGUUUUGUUGCAAAAGUACAUGUAAUGAUUUUUGUAUUUUUCUUGCAAAAAAGAAUAUGGUUAAUAAAUUUUAUUUUUAGGUUUAGUAUGAUGUCUAGAAAGGUUGAUGAAAAACAUACCAACAACAUAGAAUAUAUUUUACUGAAGUAUAUUUUAUUUUGUCUUCCAAUUUAUUGUUUCCUGUAUAAAUGGUCUUAUAUUAAAGUUGAGGUUUCCUUAAUUUAUACUGUAUGUAAGAGAUGGGUUUUCCUUAAAUAAAUUUGGUCCUUAGAGGUGAAAUUUGCUAUUGAUUAAAGGCAGUGUCUUUCAUAUUCUCAUUUUAGAGAUCAGGUUUCCUUCAUAAAUUUAGUUCUGCGUAUAGGGAAUGUAAUUACCUAUAUUUGGUCUUCCAAUAUAGAACUGAUCUGUUUUGAGAGGUUGUAUUUCCUAUAUAAAUAGGUCUCAUCUUGGCAGUGGAAUUUUCUAUAUUUGGAGGUUGGAUUUUCUGUGUAAAUUUGCUUUUAGUUGAGGGGAACUCCUACACUAUACAGUACAGUUGGUCUUUGCUUUGGAGGUUGAAUUAAUCUUUAUUUUUGAGGUAGUGUUUCAAUAUAAAUUUGGUUUUACUUAAAAGAGAAUAUUUAAAAUGUCAAAAAAUGUCUAAAUGGGACAACAUCUAAACAAAGUAUUCUGAAACAAUGAAAUCUAGUAAAAUAUACUGGAAUGCCUUAAAUACUUGUACAAUAUUUUCAUUUUCACAAUUCACCUCUAUUCAUGUAUGAUCUUUGAUAUUCUUGUUGGUAAAUAAGGUUAAGGUCACUGAAGCUAAAAAUAGAUUUUCUCGGGUCAUUGACUGCUUUAGAUUUAAUUAUGUGUAAAAGACAUUGGAGUGCAUCCUUUGAUGUAACCGAUUUUCUUGUAUUUAAUGUCAAACUAUAGGUUUUGCAUAUAUGUAUUUGUGACUACAAUUACAUUGCCAUUAUUUAGAGAUUGUUAUUAAAUUCCUUGUGUAUUGUUAGUACAUGAUAUAUUUUUUGUCAAAUUUUUUUCAAGGAUAAUUAUGUGUAUGUUGAGGUAAUUCAAAACAUUCUUGUUUAUGGUUAGUAAUUGUAUAUUUUCAUGUUUUAUACAAUGUUUUUGUUUUGUAAAGUUGUGCUAUUACAAUUCUAUUAAUAUUAAUUGCUUUGAUAUUCUGCUUUGCAUUUUCUUUUGCUAUCAUUUAUUGCUUUUGAUAAACUCCAUAUCAUUAAUUGCUUUGAGAAAUGCUUUUGAUAAACCCUUAUUAUUAAUUGUUUCAUUUAUUGCUUUUGAUUUACCCUUAUCAUUAAUUGUUUCAUUUAUUGCUUUUGAUUUACCCAUAUCAUAAAUUGUUUUUGACAAACUCUUAUCAUUAAUUGCUUUCAAUAAACUCCUAAUUGCUUUUGAUAAACCCUUUUCAUUAAUUGCUUUUGACUAACUUUUUUUGACUUUCAUUUUUGGUAUGAAAUAACAUCUGUACAUUAUAUACAUCAUCAAAUAGCAUUGUUUUUCUGUACAUACCAUUUUAUCAUGAAUCAUUCUCAUUUUUUUGGUAUGAAAAUUUUUUAGUGCCUAUGAUAUUUUUCAAGAAGAUUUUUCUAGACUGGACUGCUAAAGUAAAGUCUAUAAGAGCCAAUAAUUGUUUUGUUGAUUUAAGUAUUCCGAAAUUCUGUCACAUGUGGCAGGAAGUCUGGAGACAGGGUUGAAAAUCUAAUAAAAUCUAGAUGGUUGUUCACAACAUAAUUUUUGAUGAUCUUAGUAACUUAAGGCAGUUAAAAAUCGUUUGCUCGGCAAUAACUGUAAGGUUUGCUGCUGUAGCUACUGACAAACCAUUAAUUGUAUCUAAGUAAGCAUUUUAAAGGGAAACAUUUUUUGCUCUGGACUUGAUAUCUAUACAAACGAGGCCAUUAUCACUGGCUUGUUUGAAUUUAUAAAUAUACUUUGUAAAUCAUUCGAUAGAUUUUGGUAUUGUGUAUUUAUCAUCUAUGAGUUAUCUUGUAUCAUUGUGUGUAAGGUUAUAAGCAGUAACCAUAGAGGAGAAUCUUUAAAUACUUACAUAAAUUAUUUUGAAUAUAAUUUGUGAUAUACAUGUAUGUAAUUAUUGAUGUCAUGUAAUCAUAUACUUAAUGUAGAUUUUGAUUGGUUGUCAUUCUGUCUAGUUAAUUUUCAUUAACUUUAUUUGGGAAUUGUUAUGGAUAAUUUACGUUACUUGUUUGUGUAAUUUUCAUCCAAUAAUCACUCAUAUCAAUUGCUUUUUGGGAAAAUAUAUGCCUUCAUUUUCAUAGGCUAUGACUUAAUUAAGAAUAAUAUUUACUUUUUUUAGCUCGACUAGUCGGCGUCGGCGUCGGCGUAACCACUUAUGUUAAAGUUUUUGUAAUAGUUCAAAUAUUUUCAAAGUCCAUUGACAUAUGGCUUUGAAACUUUGCACACUUGUUCACCAUCAUGACCCCAACCUGUAGACAAGAGGAGGUAACUCUAUCAAGCAUUUUGAGAGAUUUAUGCCCCUUUUUGGACUUAGAAUUUACGUUAAAGUUUUUGUAAUAGUUCAAAUAUUUUCAAAGUCCAUUGACAUAUGGCUUUGAAACUUUGCACACUUGUUCACCAUCAUGACCCCAACCUGUAGACAGGAGGAGGUAACUCUAUCAAGCAUUUUGACAGAUUUAUGCCCCUUUUUGGACUUAGAAUUUACGUUAAAGUUUUUGUAAUAGUUCAAAUAUUUUCAAAGUCCAUUGACAUAUGGCUUUGAAACUUUGCACACUUGUUCACCAUCAUGACCCCAACCUGUAGACAGGAGGAGGUAACUCUAUCAAGCAUUUUGACAGAAUAAUGCCCCUUUUUGGACUUAGAAUUUACGUUAAAGUUUUUGUAAUAGUUCAAAUAUUUUCAAAGUCCAUUGACAUAUGGCUUUGAAACUUUGCACACUUGUUCACCAUCAUGACCCAAACCUGUAGACAAGAGGAGGUAACUCUAUCAAGCAUUUUGAGAGAUUUAUGCCCCUUUUUGGACUUAGAAUUUACGUUAAAGUUUUUGUAAUAGUUCAAAUAUUUCCAAAGUCCAUUGACAUAUGGCUUUGAAACUUUGCACACUUGUUCACCAUCAUAACCCCAACCUGUAGACAGGAGGAGGUAACUCUAUCAAGCAUUUUGACAGAAUUAUUCCCCUUUUUGGACUUAGAAUUUACGUUAAAGUUUUUUUAAUAGUUCAAAUAUUUUCAAAGUCCAUUGACAUAUGGCUUUGAAACUUUGCACACUUGUUCACCAUCAUGACCCCAACCUGUAAACAGGAGGAGGUAACUAUAUCAAGCAUUUUUUUUUUACUAUCAAGCACUAAGAAUAGUCGAGCGUUGCUGUCCUACCGAUAGCUCUUGUUUAAUUUGUAAUCAUUUCAUUUGGGUUUUGUAAAAGUCAUUAAGAAAUCAUUCAUUUGGGUGUUUGAAAAAUACCUUAGGUAAUUAUUUACUGGUUUAAUUAAUAGCAUAUAAAAAAAAAUUAUUAUACAUUGGAGAGCAUUCUUUUGAAAAUGUGUAAAAUAAUAUACACCAAAUGCACAGUGCAUUAACUGGAGUGCAGGUAUUCGUUACCUGCUCUCCAAUUUUGGUACUCUCUGUUGGGGGAUAAAAAUAAAGCAUCCUUGUUUCUGGCUACAUUUGUUCUUGAGUUAACUUGUUGUGACGACAAUGAAAGGGAUGCAUGUACAUUGGUUCAUUUGUUCUGGGGUUAACUUGUUGUGACGACAAUGAAAGGGAUGCUUGUACAUUGGUUCAUUUGUUCUGGGGUUAACUUGUUGUGACGACAAUGAAAGGGAUGCUUGUACAUUGGUUCAUUUGUUCUGGGGUUAACUUGUUGUGACGAAAAUGAAAGGGAUGCUUGUACAUUGGUUCAUUUGUUCUGGGGUUUCAUAUUGUGAAGACAGGAAAAGUGUUUAAGUUUUUGCCUAUUAUACAAAAGAAUCAAGGAACAUCAAAUAUUUGGCAAUCUGAUUUAUACUUGGUGGCUAUGCGCCCGCAUACAAAUUAGAUAGCCUAGUGUUUGGAUGUUCUUUCUAAUGCAGUAACCACUGGAAAGAUGGGAGUCACUUUUGUAACAUAAAGUAUGACUUGCAUGUAUUUCCUAAAGAUUAACAGCUUAGUUGACGUCAUGGUGGUAUUUAGCAUCGUCUCAUGGGCCAUUACAGGUUUCAUUAAUUACAGCACUGUUCAUGAUAUAUCUACUGUUCUAUUUACUCAGGUCAGCAACAUAGAUACAUUAGUAAUCAUUCAAGUAUUUGUCAUUUGAAAGAAAUCAUGUACAAACAAAAUGAUAUGAUUUUUUGUGUAAUUACAUGAUGAUUAUUAUGAAAGAUUUGUAGAAAAUGUGCUAUAUUUCUUUAUAAUUAAUUAAAAUAAUUCUGAAGUUCACAAA